AUGGCACUAUUCUGGUACGGAGGCUUAUCAAGUAUGGUUGCGUGCUUUGUCACACAUCCAUUAGACCUCGCAAAAGUUCGACUACAAACUGCGUCGAAACCUGGCCAGUCCUUGGUGUCGAUGAUCAUUCAGAUUUUGCGAAACGAAGGCUUCACAAAAUUAUACUCUGGCUUAACUGCUUCUCUACUUCGACAAGCUACUUACUCAACCACUCGGUUUGGGAUUUAUGAGUUUUUAAAAGAAAAGUAUGCGCUGAAAUUGGGACACAAUAAAACUCCAAGUAUGGCAGCAUUGUUGCCAAUGUCAAUGGUUGCAGGUGCCUUGGGUGGACUUGUUGGUAACCCGGCAGACGUUGUGAAUAUACGAAUGCAAAAUGACAAGGCGUUACCCAAGGAUCAGCGAAGAAAUUAUAGGAACGCAAUAGACGGGCUCUAUAGAGUGUGCCGUUCAGAAGGGUGGCUAUCUCUAUACAAAGGAUUGACCCCAAACUUGGUGCGUGGAGUGUUGAUGACUGCAUCCCAAGUGGUCACCUAUGACGGGGCCAAAAAUGUUUUAGUUGAGUAUGUUAAGAUGGAUCCUUCGAAAAAGUCUACACACUUUUCUGCAUCGUUGAUUGCGGGAUUGGUUGCCACAACAGUGUGUUCGCCUGCCGAUGUUGUCAAGACAAGAAUAAUGAACAGUAGGGAGAGUGGGCAAGGUGCAAUUUCGAUACUAAGAGCUGCAGUUAAAACAGAGGGUAUAAGUUUCAUGUUCAGAGGAUGGUUACCUUCAUUCAUUAGAUUGGGGCCACAUACUAUCGUGACAUUCUUGGUGUUGGAGCAGUUGAAGAAAUUUCGAAUUGGAUUGUGA